AGGAGGAAAAGGGAGGUGGGUUUGGUGAGGACUGUGGGAAAGGAGCAUCCCGAGGCAGAGGAGGAAUCUCUGUCCGUCCGAGUCCAUGUCUCCACUCUGUUCCCGGCUCUCUUCUGUCAAAGACAGUCAGCGUCCUGCCUGUUCCACCUCUGGAUCUAACUCCGCUGGAUUACCCCCCCACACUCCUGCCUCAUUAUUCCAUGCUGCAGCUUUUAAAUGGGAGGCAAAGUUGGACCUCCGUGGACCGCCAAAAUGGUGACAAACAAUUUGAUUUUUCUUGUGCUUUUAAGAGCUUCCUAGCAUUCGCCAUGGUUUCUCUUUUCUUCACUAAAAGUGUUUUUAUAUGUAACAUUUUUUGAGCUUGUUUUCGCUGCUUUUUAAUGUUAAAGUAGGACAGCUAUUUUGCACUACAAUAUUUAGGCUGGUAAAGCAAAUUUGGAUGUGAAAUUUAAGUGGAGAUGAGGGUUAGAGAUAUUUGUUUCCAUCUUUGAAAAGUCAACCGUUCUAACCUUGGUUUUAGUUUACACCUGAAAAUGUGACUGUGGCGCGUUUCCCUGCACUCUCUUACGGCUAGAUUUUUAUUUUUAGCAAGAGUUGAGGUUUUUAAAGUGGACUACUUGUGAACUUGCAUCUCUCCCAGAUCCUCCCUCUCAAAGGAAGCCAUCAAGCUAAACUCUUUCCUGUUAACCCACUUAGUAUCCUGAUCUCCCCCGUGGGAGCUUCUGCCAAAGCUUUGGGCCAUAGUAGCAUUUUUUCUCUUUUUUGGGAGGAAUUUUGAAUUUUUUUAUUUUAUUUUUUUUUUGCUGAGAGGAGAAGCCAAACAAGCAACAGAAAAAAGGGCAGGAAGACACCCCCCUCCGCAAAAGUGAGAGGGGGGGAAGAUGGCAGCUCUCGCCAGCUCUCUCAUCAGACAGAAACGGGCGGUCAAGGACGAUCAGGCGAACCGACCGGUAGCCAACAAGCGCAAGCCCUGUCCUAAGAGCAACAAGUCUCUGUGCCAGAAACAGAUCCUGGUCCUGAUCUCCAAAGUUCGACUAUGUGGGGGUCGAAAAGGUCGAAACGAAAAAAGGCCAGAGCCACAGCUGAAAGGCAUUGUUACCCGGCUCUUCAGUCAGCAUGGCUUCUACCUGCAGAUGCUUCCUGAUGGCUCCAUUGGCAGCACAAAGGAUGAAGGCAGCUCUUUCUCUCAGUUCAACUUAAUUCCUGUGGGACUGCGGAUUGUUGCAAUUCAAGGGACAAAAACAGGGCUGUACCUUGCCAUGAACGGUGAAGGAUACCUCUAUACCUCGGAGAACUUCACCCCCGAGUGUAAGUUCAAAGAGAGCGUGUUUGAGAACUACUAUGUCACGUACUCAUCCAUGCUCUAUCGUCAGACCCAGUCUGGCCGCUCCUGGUAUAUUGGUAUCAACCGAGAUGGUCAAAUCAUGAAGGGCAAUCGGGUAAAGAAGACCAAGGGAGCGGCACACUUUGUGCCUAAAGUCAUAGAAGUUGCGAUGUAUAAGGAGCCAUCUCUCCACGAGCUCACCACCGAGCCAGUGAGUCCUCCUCGGAAGACAGUGAGGACGUCAGAUUCACCAACCCUAAAGAACGGACAGAAAGAAGCUCCCAGGGCGGAUGCUUCCUAGCACAGGAGGAGGAGGAGGAGGAGGCUGGGAUGAAGGGCAGCAGUGACACUGGAAACACAGCUGUCCACGAGGCAGUGAGGAUGGCACGAAAGGGUGCUCCAACCCCCCACCCCCCAUCCCCAACGCCACAUCCCACAAGUGCACUGCAAUUCAUUGAGGAGCAAAAGGGUCAGCAGUCCAUCAGCAGGAAGGGAGACCCCGCCCUCAUCUGAAGCAGCCUAGCAUCACAACCAGGACCACACCCCCUGUAGUCCAUUUUAUUAUUUCAGUGUCUUCUGUGACUUUUUAAUGCUCCUUUUUCCCCCAUCUUGGAUUUUUGUCUGUCAGAUGAAUUGAUUUCUUUGCUGCAUCAUCCCCCCUAACCACGAGGCCCUUUAUCUGCACAGAAGGUGGAGACCCUGUGGCCAAGCUGUCAGCAUCCACCUACCAGCAAAAGCAAACCAUCAGGGUCAAGUGAAGUUCAAAGUCAGAUGAACCAGAUUAGGCUGCAAAGCAAUUUGCAGUCAGACUCGAUCUUUUACAGUUAAUCGCAUUAGAACUAAAACCAAUCAGUUGGGUUUUGAUUUUCAUCUGUGUCCUUGAUUAUGAUUUGAUAAGAACGAUGCUCAAAAGGAGACUUUUUUAUGACAAUAUGACUAAAAGCAUGAGCAUGAAAAUGCCUUACGAUGACACUAAAAAUGAGGAUUAUUUUCUUCACAAAAAAAUGACGAAAAAGUAGAAAUAGAAUUACAAAUGGUUCAAGUAAAUUCAUGUCAACAAACAUCUUAAUAAGGAGGAUUUUUCAAAGCAAUUCCAAAAGGUCAAUUCAAAUAGGAGAAAAGAGAUCAGUGAGUGUGUGUGCUGACUUGAUAAAGGGUGCAAAUAAGCAACUGGGACUAAAGUCAAGCCCGGGACGGAUCUGAGCUGAGAAACCUGAAGGGAACAGCAACAUUUACUUCACUCAGCAUCUGCUGUCAGCAUAAAGGCGAGCUUGAAGCCCCACAUCAAAGCCAGAGAGCCUGUGAGCUGCUGCACUUGUUAUUCUGAUAAUGUCUACUAGCUUAUCCACUCACUGGCUUUAUUAAAUCACCUUGGAAGAAUUGCUAUGAAGAAUGGAGUCAUCUGAAUGAAUGUCUGGGUGUGCUUAACCUCGUGUGAGUGGGUGUCUGUGGCCGUGCAUUCAGAGUCUGUGCUCGCUUGAAAGUAACUAAGAAGAGGAGAUCGCUCCCUGUUUGCCCUUCAGUCAAAGAAACAACAAAUUUCUUCUAAUGUGGGCAUCUAUUUUUCUUUUUUUCUUUUGGAAAGCUUUAGUGCAGCAUGAGGCGGGAUUCCAGGUCAGACAGAGUUUGUGAGAGCUGCACAUAUGAAAACCACUAAAAAAACUCAGUUCCCCCAUUAAACAAAGAGCAUGCAUGGACACCAUUAAAAAAGACUGCAACUAGGCCCCUUUCUUUCUGUCUGUCAGGAAUUAUAACACUGGAACUAGGGGUGUAACGAUUCAUUUUAACAAUGACUCGAUUCAUAUCAUGAUUUGUGGUUACCGAUCCGAUUCAUAGUCGAUUUUGGUUGAUUUUUCACUGACCAAAAAUUGAUCCAGGACAUCUUUAGCCUAAUAUUCCAGCAGUGUGACUCAGAGAUAAAUACCUGGCUACUGAACAGUGCAAGAGAAGUUUCCCUUGUAUUUUUUGCAAGAUAUUCAAGUGUAAAUCAAAACAAUCCAAAAGGAACAUUAUUUGAACAUUCUACCACACUGUAUGGUCACAUGUCUUUUCUAAAUUCAAAGUGUUUGGACUGGAAUGAUGGCUUAAACAUUUUUUGCUGUCAUGACAUGUGUGUUGGUCAUUUUUACCCACCGUGCCUAUUGGAAAAUAUUGGAAUAUUGGAAAAUGGUAUUUUUCAAUAUUGAUUAUAAUCAAUUUAUUUCAUUGUGAAACAAUUUUAUAAUGGUUAAGGUCAAUACGAUUUCAUUAACUUGUCUCAGACAGAUCAAUUUGGUUGGAUCGGACAAACAAAAAUCAAUUAUUCAAUUUAUCGAUUCAUUGUUACAUCCAAAACUGUAACCCUAGAAAAGUUGAAAAAUAGGGGUUACCAUGAAUUGCAUUUGAAUUUGUAACUGUGUCCCAAAGAGGUGAUGGUAACCGGAUGUGAAACGAGGGCUAUCCAAAUGUGUCGAGGGUGAAAGAAAGUCAGAAUUUGUGAGCAGAAUUGCAAAGAGGCUACGGCUUGAAGGCGGUUGUUUGGAAAGAGUGAGGGAUUAGCAGGUGAAUUCUUCAGGAAUGUUGAUAAGGAAGGUACACAGGAGAAGAGGUUCAGCAGUUGGGAGGCAACGUGUGGAUAGGAUCAUGAAGGUGAGGCUCGGCACACUUUUGUGGCCGGGAGAAUAUUCCAAUUCUAAUGGCAAGUUGUAGACAAAUAAAAUCUAAAUUUUCCAGUUCUGUAAUCAAAGAAUCUGCAUAUACAUUUUUCAAAAACCCUUACAGGAAUUUCAAGGUGCAGAUUGAACCAAAAAUAUUCAUCUUUUUUUUCGUAUAAUAAAGUGCACAUAUUUCAAAGUAAUCCUGAGUUGGAUGUAACUUAAUGUCAAAUACAGGUUUUUCCGCACAUGAAAGCUGCCGGGCCUUACUGUAUUUUGUGUCAGUCUGAAGGAAUGCAACAGCAAGUUGUUUCAUGUUGAUUUUGCAAGUAGAUAAGGCAAGAACAGGGAAAGCUGUAAAUAUUGAAUCAUGUGGGGGAAAAAAGGAAUGAUUUCUUUUGAAAAAGAUUUAGAAUAAGAAGCGUAAAACUCAAAAGCAAUGUGAAACAGGUGGAAAGUGCAGCUGUCUUGUCGUAGGAGGUCAAAAACCCAAAAUUGACUUUUAAAGUUGUUAUUCUGGUCCAAAAUCUGCAAUGGGUUUAAUUUCCAGCACUUAUUGUUACCCUCUACAGUUGCAUGUGUGAAUCAAAAAAAAAAGCACAUGACUCAAACAAAAGUAAAUAUCAAUACUAAAAGUCAAACUUCCACCCUGCUAUUGCUGCAAAAAACAAAAGACAUUUAAAAGUCCAUUUUAGACUCUAUGAACAUAUCUGGACUCAAAAAUAUAGUUUGAAAAAACAAAUUAAUUAAAAAGAGCACCCACACGUAUUUGUAAGAAAAUACAAAAGUUUUAGACGGAACAAAAACAUUUUCAUAAACUUGAAAAACUGGAAAAAUGUUCCACCCUCCAGGUGUUCAGGCAGUCACCUGAGAAAGGGUUUAGACAGGCUUUUGAACGUUGAGUCAAUAGGAUUGAGGUGGUCUUAGCAAAUUUUAGGCAUCGUCAUUUCAUCCCAAAUGUUAAAGAACCCAAAGAUACAUUACAAUAAGUACAACCUAACGUGUUUUAGAGUCGACUUUAACAAAUAAGUCACUGCAAACAACUUUAACGGGCGUUUUUAUAACCUGCAAUGAAAAAAAGAGCUAUGCUUUGUUUCUUUUGUAGUUUUUUCGUUAAAGUGUGCUCUGAGAGUUUUCUAAGAAAAUCCACCAAACUGGUUUCAUAUUAGUUGGAGGAGAAAUAAAAGUUUCUAUUGCUUUACUAAUUUUCUUUUAAAGAAUUUCAUCAUUGUGGUGACUCCUUCAUACAACUACAAUCUUAUACAACCUUAAUACAUGGAAAUUUACUUAUAAUUGCAUCAUGUGGCGCAAAAUUUAAAUGUUUUUUUUUGUUUUUUUCAUGUUUGUAUGUUGCUGAAUUGCUGUUUUUAUUUUUCUUGUUUGAUGUACAGAAAAGAGAGGGCUUUUGUAGGGAAUGGAAAGAGUUUUACUUUUACAUCCUGGGAACUCUGUUGUGUUUCCAAUCAAUCAGUUCAGGAAUGGAAUCCAAAUAGAGAAAAUGGUUGAGAGUUCCAUAAUUCCAGAGAAAAACUGCAGAUGGACUUUCAUUAUCUCAAAUCUGCCUGUUUGCAUUUGUGUUAAUAGUGUAUUUGUGCACUGUUUGUGUCAAACCUUAUAGGAAGUGGAUUAUGCAUAUUUAUUUUUCUCCUGUAGUACCGUAUGUCCUUUAGUCUGCACCAAAACAUAUCCACUCUCAUACGAAUCCUAAGUGAAAUUCUUCCAGCCAGAAUGCCACUGUGCAGCUCCGCUGUGUUUUUGGUGACAGAUGCAAUGAAUUCCUGUGAAAACAGCAGAAUAACUUAGUUGUGCUUGUGCCUUGGUGGUCAUGCAAGUCUUCCAGGGUUGUUCCACAAAGGCUUAUCUCUUGCUCUUUCAGACUGUUGACUUCUCCAUCUCUCUAAACAAUCCUCUCGUCUUCCAGACACAAAAAUUGUUUUCUGUUUUUGAAGGAAGAAAAAAAGAAGAAGCCAUAAGUAAAGUGAGCCUUGGUACUGGUCAGCCACUGAGAGCUGGCCUGACUCCCCAGUCCCCGCCUUCACGAGUGAUGGCAGGGAUUUAAAGACAUGCUGGACUCCUCAAUAUUGAACAGAAGAUCACAUGGUUGCAGCUUUUCUGAACACUCCAAAAAGCAGCAAGACAAAAGCCAGCAAUAUGCAACGAGACCUAGCAGUCCAGACUCAAGGAGGGAAAACAAACCUACAAGGCUCACUUCAAUCGAAAUCUGCAGGCAACUAUUGUAAUCUUUUUCUUUUUUCUUGAAGCAUGCACUUGUGACUCCUCAAGGUUGACUCUCUCUCUCAAGAGACAAGCCCUUGAUUCGCCCUCUCUUCAUGUCUGUCAUUUAACGUGUACAUUUCUACUACAACUCCUAUGAAUCAACGGAGGAGUCCUAUUCUGGAAUAUUAUUCAAUAAACAAACAUAUAUUUCUAUGAUUGUAAAA